AACGGUGCGGACGUGUGGUUCGAGCAAUAAGCUCAACUAACAGGAAGAAAAGUGUUAGUAAGAAGAUUCGUCAAAAAAAGUACAUACAGGGUUCUUUCAUAUUAUACAAUGGCCGCCAGGAGGUUCUUACAUCCGAUACUACAAGAGCAAAAGGUCCAGAACAAGCUCGAAUCAAGAAGAGAAGACUAUCAGUUUCCCCAUCACAGUCUGGAAUCCCGAGAAAGAAGGCGCGUCUUCCAGAGAUGACUUGGUCGGUCGAGGAUGUUGGCCUGGAUUCGACACCAGCGUUUGAACAAGCUUCUGUGCCCGAUCAGAUUGCAGCAGUGCCAAAUGAAGAAGUUAAAUUUGAGGAGGAGCAUCAGCAAUCUCCGGUCAUACCUCCCCUGGACUGGUCUUCAGUGGACACGGAGCCUUUCGAGCGCUGCUCGUUAUUCACGCUGGUGCUGGCCCACUUCGGCUUCUACCUGUUCCUGCUGCUCAGCCACCUCAAUAGACUGCUGUUUCCGCACAAGGUCACCAAAGAGAAGAACAGGGAGGGCUACGCGCCUCUCUACAGCUCUUUCGACGAAUUCUUCUCGCACUACGUGUACCGCCGCGGGCGCAUCUGCUACAACCGCCCCGUUUGCUCUGCGCCCCACUCCGACAUCACGCUCAUGGAGCGCACUAGCGAUGACUACAACUGGACCUUCAGAUUUACAGGUCGCAAACAAAAAUGUGUGAACUUGGCAUCAUACAACUACUUGGGCUACCGCGGCGGAAAGACAGAGGUGGAAGCCGCCACGCGGCAAUACGGACUGACCCUGGGGUCGUCUCGUGCCGAGCUGGGGUCAUGCCCGCUGCAUGCUCAGCUUGAGGACGAGCUAGCCGACUUCCUUGGUGUCGAGUCAGCAAUGGUGAUAGGCAAUGGGUUCUCGGCCAACUCGCUGACAUUACCGGCGCUUCUGGACCCCGGUGCACUAGUACUGAGCGACGCCAAGAAUCAUGCUAGCCUGCGAUUAGGCCUGCGGCUGGCACGCGUGGCUGUGAGGGUGUUCAGACAUAAUGAUAUGAGGCAUUUGGAGCAGCUGGCUAGACAGGCAAGAGCUGAAGGCCGAUGGGAGAAGAUUGUGGUCAUCAUGGAAGGCGUAUACAGCAUGGAGGGUUCCGUGGGGUCCCUCCCAGCAGCCAUCGCGCUGAAGAAGCAGCUUGGCCUUCACAUCUACAUCGACGAGGCGCACAGCAUCGGGCUGGGGUCGCGAGGCCGCGGGGUCACCGACAUGUUCAACGUCAACCCGAGAGACGUUGAUGUGCUCAUGGGCACUUUUACUAAGAGUUUUGUUGGCAUGGGAGGGUAUAUUGCAGGGUCGACAGCGCUGGUGAACCGCGUGCGCGCUCAAGGACACGCGCAUGCGUACGCGCAGAGCAUGCCGCCGCCCGUCGCCGCGCAGGUGCUGAGCGCGCUGCGCGACCUGCGCGCGCCGCCCGGCCAGGCGCGGGCGGCGGCGCUGAGGGACAACACGCACUACUUCCGCAAACGUCUCCGAGCGAUGGGCGUGGUGAUAUACGGGCACCCGCAGUCCCCUGUGGUGCCUAUGAUGGUGUACUCUCUGUCGAAGAUGGUGGCGUGCGUGAAACAACUGACGGCGGCCGGAGUGGCGUCGGUUGGUGUCUGCUUCCCUGCCACGCCUCUGUACCAGGCACGGAUGAGGUUCUGCAUAUCCGCAGCGCACACUCGCGAGCAGCUCGACAAGGCGCUAGCGGCCAUAGAGGCGGUCUCAGACGAGCUCGGCUUACGCUACUCGCGUGUCAAGACCACUACCACUUGCUGUGUCUACAAGUGUCUGUGUACGUGUAUGGAGAGUGCUCAGAAAAUCAUUAAUUUAUUUUAAUAUAACCGCUUAGGAUUCAUCGAGCGUGGUCGUGUUAACAAGACACAUUUUAUAAGACUGGCGAAUGAACUAGAUAUUCAAUGUCUUGUACUAUUGUUCGGUAUUCAAGCACUGACUUCUCGGAUGUAUCGGGCUGUCUCUUUGAUCCUACGCGUGUCUGAAGACCUUGCACUUGCUGUAUCUACAAGUGUUUGUGUAGGAGAAAUUUUAAUCUUGGAAUUUUUCACCGAGCGUGCUCUCUGUCUUGUUUAUAAGACUUUGGUUAACUGAACUAUAUAUUCAUAUUAUAGCAGACUACAGCGAUUAAAGUGAUAUAGCCUACAGCGUCGAUGUGUCCCUUUGGCACUUACAAAUGUGUGAAUAGGACGCAGUUUCAUUAUUAAAAUAGACAUGCGACAUAAAAAACAUAUAGGACUAAAAUAGUUCGUCUUUAAGACAGAAGAGUUUGAUCGCUACUGUUGUUCAAAAACGGCAAAUAUCGAUAUAUCGAUAAUUAUGGAACAGUUUGUGUGCUUUAAAGAUCUAUUAUGUUUGUUAAUAGAUAAAUGUUUGUUAUUUUGCUUUUAAAAGUAGCAUAGUAAUGAUGACUUUA